AUGACAAAACCAGUGAAUGAGGGAGAUGGCAUGCAAGCUCAAGGACCGGUCUGGGACCCAUCACGGACCUCAACGCCCCCGGCGAGCGGCCAGAGCACGUCGGGCACCGACAGGAGGAGCCCGGGAGGAGCCACGGGGUGCUCACGAUGGCCGGGGGCCCUGGAGAGACUCUGGAAGAAAUACUUGUGGGCCUUUGAAAACGGAGACCCGAGGACGGGGUCCUGGUUCCUGGUUCACUCGCCGCUGCCGGUCACCCUCCUCCUGGCCGUCUACCUCCUCCUGGUGGUGGCAGGGCCUCGCCUUAUGUCCGGUCGGGAGCCUCCGAGUCUGGCAGGACCCCUCACUGCCUACAACCUGGGCCUGGUGGCUCUCUCGGGGUACAUGUUCUAUGAGUUCAUGGCCACUUUGCUCCUGGCUAACUACAGCUACCUCUGCCAGCCAGUAGACUACAGCCGGAGCAAGCUUGGGAUGAGGGUCUUCUUUAUAUUAUGGAAGAAGCCUGAGCAGAUCACCUUCCUGCACGUCUACCACCAUGGCACCAUGCUCUUCAGCUGGUGGGCUGGGGUCAAAUACGUGCUGGGGGGGUCAAGCCUUCUUCGUUGGACUGCUGAGCUCUCUGGUCCACAUCUUCAUGUACCUGUACUAUGGACUGGCCAGGCUGGGGCCCCGCCUGUGGCCUCCGUGUGGUGGAAGCGGCACCUUACUGUCCUGCAGCUGGGUCAGUUUGUGGCCACUGCAGCCCACUCCUCCUACAAUCUCUUUGCUGAGUGCCCCUUCCCCGACGGGUUCAACGUGGCCGUCCUCCUGUACUCGCUCAGCCUCUUGACCCUUUUCUUCAACUUCUAUCAGCAGACAUACCUGAGGAGCAAGCGGAAGAAACCGACUUAAGAGGCAGGACCACGGACUGAAACUAACAGAGGGUUCACAUCCCACCUGGGCUGAGCAGAUUCCUCUGGGCCCGGGUCUCAUUCAAUGAGCAAAGACAAGACUCACCUCUAUUCCAGAGUCCAGGAAGACAGAAGUGGACUCAGCUUCUUGAACUUACUUCUCAUGUGGAUUUGUCACUGUUUGUACACCUCCUUUCAGAUCCACAAUAGAAAGGGUGUAUGCGUGUGUGUGGGCGCUCAGUUGUGUCUGGCUCUUUUGCAACCCCACGGACUGUAGCCCACUAGGUGC